CCUCCUUCAUCAAUACAAUGAAUUUCACUCUGACUAGAGCAAUUAUAGUAGCAGUCAUACUUGGAACCGCUCAAGCAGCCCACAUUGCAGCUUGUACGGAGAACAAAGAUGGUACUGGGCCAUACGCAGCUGAUGCAACAAAGGCUUGCUGUGAAAACCAAGCUGGAAAUGCUAAUAUCAAUGGUUACUACGACUCUGACUAUGGCGAUUGUAGAACGGGAAUUACCGGAGGCAACAAAGUAAAUCAAGGAUACAUUACUGCAUGCUGUACAGACUUGGGCAAAGGCAGUACGGCUCAGUAAACUUAUGAGGCCAUUUAAAAUCUCAAGAUACGUCAAAGUCAAAUCAGCUAAUCAAUAAUCUUUUAUAAUGCGAAGUUAAGGAAAAGGUAGUUAGAUCUUUGAUGUAAUAUAUGUACAUGCAAUAUGAAUUGAUUCUUUUUCACCAUUGAUUGCUUGAACUUCAAUAUCUUACAGUUGAAAGAACUACGCGUUUACUGAACCGCAUAAUGUGGAGUAAGAUGUAAUGGGUACAUGUGCACAACAACCUCGCAAAAAAGCUGUAUAAACAUACCAACACUAUCGGAGUUCAUCUCACAGUUAGACUUCCUAAAUUAAUCUAAUUCGUAUCUCUCU